GAGAUUCACUACCAGAACACGUAGUAUCAGGACUUUCUGUUGGCAUAUUCAUAACGAGAUUGUAUGUUCACGGUGUUAUAGACUACAAUAAUUUACAUAAUUCGACAAAUUACUUACCCAUAUCACUGAACAUUAAGUGAAAGCUUCUUAACCAUAAGUAACCGUUUAAUAUAUUGGACAAUGUUCAGAAUGAGCAGAUUUUGUUCUCAAGGUCAUGAUUCGUCUCCUAACUAGGUUUUUUGCUCAUCUAACUCGUGUAUUGUAAAACGGCUAUAUAAUAUUUUGGUAAGUCUUAUUGUUUGUAAGUCUGUCCACAUGCUGUGGUCAUUUUUAUAAUAUAAUACUAUAUUUGGGUAGAGGAGCCUCAUAAACACUCAGUGCUUUGGCAUGUAAUCAUUCUUGUUAUACGUAAUAAAUGCUAUUUAAAUAAACUUAACCUGUGAAUUUGGCUAAAAAAGAAACUAGGUGUUAGUUGUUUAGGUGAAAAUCUUUUCUUUAGAUGGGAAACCUUAACAGGCUACGUUGUACGCUCACGUUGACGUCCUUCGUAGUUUUUCUAAAGCGAAACUUCGAGUUGACAGGUAUCAGUGGAAAUGCAUGGUGACAGUCGCAAUAAUUUAGGUUGAUUUGAACACAAAAGUUAUCUGCGCAUUAUCAAAAAGGUCUAUAGGAAAUCUGCUUUGCAAAACGUGUGAAGUUUUAGAAAUUUCUUGUCUUCUGGGAUGUCUUUCAUCCACUUGGCUAAAUAAAGUUUUGGCAUUAUAUAUGAUGUCAGUUCGUGGUGAGAACCCUAUACAUAAUUCCUAACUAAGACAAAUUAUGACAAUUAUUGAGAUCUGGAUAAUAAGAGCACCAGUAAUACUGGCUGCAGCCAGGUACUACAAUAUAUACGGAUGUUUGGAGAGCGUACAGGUUCCUACAUAGGCCUGGUUGUGUGGAUCGUGUCGUUUACACAACUGGCAUUUUGUGCACUCAACAGCCGGAGUGCACAUAAACAAUAUUUAAUCUAUGUGGUCGAGGCUGAAAGAGCUUUUGAGACUUUAUCAUGGCUCCAGAGGCCGACUAUUCUGUAGCCAUAUGGAUGAUUCCCUCUACUUCAUGCAUUCCGGCUUUAGGACCUCUGAACCUCUUUCUAACCCUGACAAGCUUUUGAACCACGUAUAAAAAGUGUGUCCAUUUUAUUUCCUUGGUUUUGUAUAAUAUAUUUUCGCUUUGUUUGCUGAUUGGCUAAUAUUUCUCAAGGUCACUUAAAAUUUGUUCAAAGGUCGUCCAUAAAUUAGAGUCUCGCCCUACCAUCGUAUCUUUCUCUAAAAAGGCUUGUAUUUUGUGCAACGAUUAUAAAAGAUGUAUAGGUCUAAAUUCAGUUUCUACCUAACUGUUGGCUUCCAUUACACUCCACAGACUAUUCAGAAACGUCUAUCAAUCUGACUGGGUCGGGUAUACAACUUGUUAGCGUGAGUAGCUUUGCUCUGCGCCUGAAAAAUCUGACUUUUAAACUUCGGUUGUUCAGUCUCUAGUAUUCAGUAAUAAGGAUGGUAGGUUGGUGGAACUCUGUUAAUCUUGACAGUUUGCCUUCCAGUGAAGGGCCAGCUUGAAAAUGUUCACCGAUGGGGCUGAUACCACUUGUUCGGGUAAAACGUUCCAGUCAUUGACCAAUCGUUGAGAAAAACGGAACCCCACUUUAAGUUUAUUUGAUCGCGGUUUGUGAACCCUGUUGCUAUGACCUCGGAGGUUAUCAGUGCUGAAAGGAGCAAAAAGAUAAGACAUAUUAACGCCCAAAUUGCAAUUAAAGAUACGAAAUGCCAAUAUAAGGUCACCCCGCGUCUUACGGUAUAACAAGGGAAAAAGGUUUAGGCGUUUUAAGCGCUCAUCGUAGGGGAGUUUAGAAAGACCCUUCACUAAUUCUGUUCCCACACUCUGAACACGCUCAAGUGAGUUAGCAUCCUUAUUCAGACAUGGGCCAGCUGCUUGAAUACAGUACUGUAAGUGAUCCUGCAUAGGUGGGAUAUAAAAUUCGAAACAUCUUGUCAAAGCAUUUGAAUACUCGGUGAAGUGACUAUAGCGCACGAAGCCCUUUGGGAGCUGCUGCGUUGCAAUACGUAGUUGUUUUCAACUCGUGACUUAUUAUUACUACCCCUAAGUCUAUAUUCCUGCACGCAUGGUGAUGUACCUUCAAUAGUAUACUGGUAACUAUUGCUGUGUCCGAUGUUCAUGAACACACUCUUCCUAGAAUUAACUUUUAAGCCCCAACAUCGAGCCUAUCUAACUAAUUUGUCUAGGCCAGCUCAAAGAUCCAAAUGAUCAGCCUCACUUCUUAUUGUUCUCCAUAUUUUUACAUCAUCCGCAAACAAUGUCGACGAUUUAAGCAACAGCGGUAAUUCACUAACGUAGAGAAGGAAAAGUAGAGGGCCUAAGGUGGUGCCUUGGGAUACAUCACUUUUGACCAGCUUCCAUUCGGAUAGCGUCCCAUUGACUCUCCCUCUGUGUUUGCGGUCACAUAAGAAUUUUCCUAUCCAUUCCUGUACAGCAUCUGUUAUUCCGAAGACCUAAGUGCGUAACCCUGUCAAACGCUUUGCUAAAGUCUAUGAAUAUCAUAUCAGCAGACAGACCGUUAUCAAGGGCCACUGUCCAAACCUCCAUCAAAAUAAGUAAGUUGGUCAAGCAUGAAUGCCUGUUUCGAAACCCGUGUUGUUCGGGAGUUAUCAGAUUGUACGAAUUUAUGUGAGUUAGUUGUCUUUUCAAGUAACCUAACGACUAUGCUGGUAAGACUGACAGGUUGGUAGUUAGAUACGAUCUAUCUCUGGACAUCUUUAAAUAUACGACUGACUAUAGCAUCUUUCCAAUCUCUAGGAGGUUGAGUGAAUGAAAGGGACACGUUAUAAAAGCAUUGUGAGUGGUCUUGAAAUAAUGUCCACAAGAGAUGGUAGCAGUCGUGGAUGUAGCUCGUCAGGGCCCGGUAUUCAACAAGGUUUGAGGUUAGUGGUCAAUGGAAGAACAGUUUCCUCAGUCACAUGUACAGGCCCUAUAGCUGGUAUGUCAGCGGUGUGAUUAAGACAAGUACUUUAAACAAUACACGUAGAGUAGACUUCGCUAAAAUAGUUUGACAAAGCCUCAGCUUUUGCCAGAUCUGAUUGAAUUAGUAAAUCUGAAUUUCCGUGUAACAGUAAUGGGGGAAUACCACUAGGUUUUGUUCUCCGUUUAAUGUACGACAACAAUCGUUUCGGUCAAGUACGAUUGUCAUACACCAACUGUCUUUCGUAAAUAGUACGGCAUCUAGUUAUGGUCUUUUUACACAUAUUUCGGUGAUUCCGUUUCUGAUUAUCGCUGGAUUUGUAGAAUUACCCGGACUCGAUGACGACAUCACGUCCGAAAUACUGAGGUCCUGUAUUAUGUGUUUGGCCUCAGUGAUAAUAAUUCACUUGAUAUCACCAUCUUGAAGCACCGAUUUUGGGGACUUGGUUUUGUUUAUAAAUACCAUCGCGGUGGUUUACACAUCUCACACUGUUUGCCGAGGCUGGGAUUGGGUAGAAGAAAGACCCAAUGAUGGUCACUUUGUGACCGUAGUAUGAAACAUAGUUGUAUGUGAUUAGCAUCUGUUGGUCAUUAGUGACUUUCCACUUGGGGUCCUAAAGGUCGUUGGGCACACUGGCUCGAGACUAUUAGAUAUGGACUAAAUUAGGAUCUAGUGGUGACCUUGUUUUAGUUUUAUAAAUACCAGUUAAAAAGAUGAACUCCAUUAACUGGAAGAAAUUUUGCUUUUCUGCACUAUACUUGCCUCAGUUUUUUGCUUGCUGUUACUUAAUGUGUGGUACAAUUUAUUCGGUUCGCUAAUGUACCAAAAUGCUUUUUAUAAAUUAACUAAAUGAUGAAGGAUCUGGCCAAUUAUAUUCAUUUUUACUGUGGAACUCAUUACUAGUUUUAAUGUCGUUGCCUUCAACGUUCCAUCACCUGACGUACUUCGUAAACAUUUAGAACUCAAACUGCUCAAUAAAUAGAAAUACAUCACACAGACCUAAAAGCAAUCAGUGGAUGGGUAAAAUUUAUCCACUUUACAAUUAGUUAAACAAGAGAAUAUAUUUCCCAAUCAUCUGAUGGACAAUUAAACAAUCGUGUCAUCACAAUACCAAAGACAACGAGUUCCCACUCAUGUUCACGAAGCACUACCCUUUACAAAUCCACAAUAAGUUGUCUAACAGGCCCCCAAAUGCCCUGGUACGACCGAGAGCGGGGAGAUACUGCUCUCCCUCUCGAAAUGCUCCCACAUGGCCACGAGUAUACAGUUAAUACCAGGGAAGUCCUACUCAUUGUAUUCUCGCAGUGGGGGUGUUGUUUACGGCAUUGAGAGGACGAAAAGUGAAUGUCUGACGCUUUAACCAGAUUAGUGGACACGGAGAGUUCGCCUAGAAGAGUUGGAAAACCCUGAUUCCAAACCAAUGGUGCACAUGGUCUCCAGUAUCCUGAAGGAACAAAUGGCGUGUGAAACAAUUAUUGGUCACCGGCUACCAUGGGACUGCAUCUUGUGACGUUGCUCCACUGCUUUGUGGAUCAGACCUUUAUGUCGAAGGCUCCAGACGUGGCUCCCUUAUAGAACGACCUGCUUCGGUCUGGGCACCCGGGCAAUAUCCCAGCCCUCACACAAAUCAAAUGAUAUUUGUGUGGCGCUUAUGUAUCUGGUGCCCCCUUGUACCAAUAUCUAUGUGUUCAAAUAAGUAAAUGUCUAACAGUUUUUGAUGCUUUUGAUAUAUAGUGAUUCCUCAGUUCAACGAAAAUGUGUACGUUUUCAUACGAUUUGCAGAUGCUUCACUUUUCAAUAGAUUUAGUGUUGAUAGAGCCGAGUUCAAGAUCAUUUACUCUCUUGAGUUGCUUUUUUUGUGAAAGCUGGUGAUACUAUCCAGUUGUCCAGUCUUAAGUAUGUGGGGCGGGAUGUCAACUUGUAACCUAGUGGUUGAAAGUCUAGUGCUUUUCACUCGUAAUAUAUCUCAUACAUGUUCGGUAGAUGAUUUGUCGUCGUCGCCUUAAGUCAGUCCUCCGUUCAUACUAGAACUAGUUCAAGAAAAGGAUUUUUUCGCUUUGAAUUAAAAUAUCACAUCCUUCACUUUAAUUUUCGGAAUUUUAUCUUCUACUAUGAGAUCUAUUUAGCAUACUUAAAAAAUUCAAGUAUUUUUAUGGUCAUUUUGAUUCGCUUUUUGUUUAUUGUAUUGUUUUCAUCACUAAUAUUUUCGAAGGGCUAAAACCGAAUGACCAACAAUAUCGACUUUGUGUCAGCUAUCCAUUGUGGCCAUUCAGAAUCAAAGUUAACUAGAUCAAAUUCUGACGCACCUUUCAAAUCGAUACGCAGAGUUCGUUUUCCUGAAGAUGACAAACUUAUAUCAGAUUAUUUAGAACCAUUCCGAUUAAUUCCAGAUAAUUGUUCAAGUGAAGAACUUCAGGCGGCGUACUUUUCUUCUUGUUUUGAGCAUAGAAUAACUCCCAUUAAUUUUUUGUUAGAACAAAUAAAGGGAAUCGAUUUAUCGAUUUGUAAUGAACGUUACAGUCGUCUAAGCCUAAGAGGUAUUCGAUUGAAUCGAUUUCAUAUUGAAUCAAUGGAGGCAAUAUUUCAGCGUGCACAUUUUAGAGUAAUUGAUCUAGAAAAUACAUUUUUAGACGAACAGUCUGCUUCGUCACUGUUUGAUAUGUUACUGCAUUAUGAAAGUUGUACAGAUCUAAGUAUAAGUUUAAAUUUAAACAAAACUCUUCCUAGUCAAGCUUGGAGUCGUUGUGUUAAUUUCAUGCGAAAGUCAUCUGCUCUACGUCGAUUCACACUGAGUCAUACUCCAUUACGCUUAGAAAAUUUUCAUGGUCUAAGUUUCUAUGGUCUAUGCUUGGAACGUUUACAUUUUAUUGAUUGUAAUUUAACCGGUCAAGCAUUAUAUGGACUUAUGCAAUGGUUGUACAUCCUUUUGAGUUCAACAAGUUUAUAUCCACCAACACGAGACAGAUCAUGUAAUUCAAGUAGAGGACAUAAAUUUCGUGGUUGGAGACAUCGUAGACACUCUUAUACUACUUCAGCAUUAAAUUUAUCAAAUACAAGUACUACAAACACUAUUAAUACUAACACUACCACUAUUAAUGAUACUAAACCUAUUUGGGAAUUAAAAUUAGGUUUAAUGAAUAAUAAAUUGACUUCUUCAGAUGUUGAAGCAAUACUACCACUAAUUCGUCAUCAGUUAUUUAUUCCAAGAAUUUCGGGACCUGAAACUGUUAAAUUUGAAGGUCAUAAUAAUAAUAAUAAUGAAAUUAGCUCAUCAGAUGCCCUUGUAAACAAUAGUUCACAUACGAAAUGUACACAACUGAAAAAAUCCAACUCAUUGUCGUCAUCAUCGUGUGAUUUUCUUCCAGUUGGAGGGAUUGGUUAUUUAUUGGAGUUGAAUUUGUCUCAUAAUAAUAUUGGUGAUGAUGGUUUAGGUAUAUUGUGUACUGGACUGCUUCAAUCUUAUCGAAAUCGUUUACGUGAACGUUUCUCUACGUUGAAUGAUCAAGAAAUUCUUAAACUAACCACUAUGUCAUCAUCACCAUCAACAGAAAAAAGCUCCGAUUCAAAUUCUAAUCGCUGUUGUACACAAUCAAUACCAAUGAAAAUUUGCAGCUUAGAACGUCUUUAUCUUGUAGACAAUAAUUUAAGCAUAGAUGGUAUGCAAUCAUUGGCUAUUGUAUUAAUGCAAACACCAAAGUCACUAAUCUCUUUUGUUGGCGGUUUAAUUAGCUUAGAUUUAAGUAACAAUGUAAAUAUUGGCGAUAAAGGUGUUGAAAUAUUGUGUGAAGGUUUAAUCAGAAACUAUAGUUUAAAAGAAUUAUAUCUUCGUUCCAUUAAUAUGUCUUUUUCAGGAAUUUUCGCUUUAUCCAGUUUUCUCAGUGAAUCAAAGUGUCUAAAGUAUUUGGAUAUACGCAACAAUAAUUUAGAUAUAGCCUCUAUAAUGGCUUUAUCAAAAACUUUAUUCAUUAAUAAAACAUUAACAAGUCUGGUUUCAGAUGCACAUCGUUGGGCGAAUUCUCAGCUGGAUCUAUCUGAUGUAGGUUCAAUUUAAUGAUAUAUAUAAUGGAAUAUACUCGUUGAGACAUAAGAUAAAAGAGAUUGGUUCAGCCAACAGUCCUCUUUUCGGCAAAUUCAGAUAGAUAAAGAAUUAUAAUUGAAAAGAGAAGGCUCAGAGUGAUAUGGUGUUGAAGUUGAGAUGGACUGUAGUCGGGUGAAUAGUGGGAACAAAAACAAAUCAUCUGAGACUAAAUGGUCUAUAACGAUGAAGAUAGAAGGAAUGCAGAUUACUGUGAACAAAGAAAAGGAAGAAAAAGAAAAGUUACGAGAGAUUAAGACUGUGGUAGAAGAGGAGGUUGUACAAGUUUCUUUAGUACACAAAAUUGUGGUCCUUCUAGAUAUAUAGCUAGUGCUUCGAUAAUGCUAAGAAGAUGGAACAUAACUGCUUUUGACAGCUCUCUAAUUACCUUGUAGAUGAAUUUGAAAGCAGAGUCCGUUUUCAUCAAAUAACAUGUGUGUUCACAAGAUGUUCAGUUAUUGAACUCUAUUUGUUUUACCUCACUGCUAUCAUGUUUAGCUAAAUUUUACUAUCACUAUUAUUAUAAAUAUUACCAUUUUGAAAAAUAAGUAUAUAUUUAUGCUUGUACAACUUUGAAAAUGAAUUCUCCGAGAAGUAAACUGUUCAGCUAACCAAUCUUUCUUGUUUUACAUACAUACAUUUGUUUUAGAAGUUUUUUACCACUGGUUUAUAUUAUUUUGAACAACGGUCGGAUAACGGAUUGUGUUGCAUUGCUUUAUCACUUUAUCUUGAGGUGGUGUCGAUGUAGUACAUAGAUAUAUUUGUCUCUUUAGGAAUUAAUGCAGUGUGUUUGAAUUUCUUGGUUUGGUAUGUUGAGUUAUAUGAGGAUCAUCUUACAGAGUAUAAUCUGCCAAGUUUUAAUCAACGUAUAACACAACACGUUUAUGCCAUUAUUGUCGGAGAUUCUCUUUGGGCUUUAACGUCUCAGAAUACUUUAAAUUUUUAAUAUCUCAGGUACCUUAAAUAAUGUCACUUUCAAUGGAGUUACUGUUUCUCAUAAUGAGACUGUAGAUUUAUGUAUACUCGUCAGUUACUAGUAUUUGAUCACAGAUGUCUUAGGAAUAUUGCUCGCAUCUGCUGGGAUCAACGGGUAAGUAAUAGUGAGAUCAGACGUAGGGUAUUACGGAAUGAUGGUAAAUCAGUUGAUGAGGUUGUCUUUCUACAUCGACUGAGAUGGUUGGGCCACGUGUUACGUAUGCCUGAACACUGAUUACCACGGUACGCAAUGCUGACUAGUGUUGGAUACGGUUGGAAGAGAGUUACUGGCAGUGAAACCAAGGCGUGACAUUAAUUCAUAAAGUCACUAACUUCUGGUCUGAGCCAUGUUGAUAGAUGCAAACUACUCGGUUGGCGUCCACUCACCUAUCGUAACCAAUGGUUGGAGACUGGGUGAUAUGACUCAGAAUGGAUCACAAUGACGUAGGAGUAUACACUGUUUAUCUUCCCUUUAACCGUGAGAUUCAAAUUACUUUGUACCUUUCUUUUUACGAACUAAUUCUUUCUCCCUGUAUUAUAUCCUUAUAUGCAGUCUUUAUUUAAAUAUUACUAGCGUUCGCGCAAUCGCUUCUAUGAAUUAGGUGUUCAUCUUGUUAUGCUAAUGAGGUAUGACAACGUGGACUGAUGCAUAUAUAUGCAUGUCAGAUCUGAACUACAUAAUUGGUACACACUGAUUCACAUUUUUAAUUUCAGCUAAUUCACAAUAUAGAGCAUGACCUUAAUCCAAUGCUAUUGACGAUAUCUCACUCUUAACAUGAUCAAACUCCACUGGUAAACGUGACAUUAUUCUGUUAAUAAUUAUUUGUAGUUUGAAUGCCAGAUUCUGUUUCGUUUUGGAGGUCGAUACCUCAUACGAAUAGGUUUUGUUAUUGGUCUAUACAUUAUCUAUUCAGCUUGUUAACCAAUAAAACUCGUCAUGUACUUCAUGCUUAUUUAUGGAGAUAGUUUCUGUGUAGUUGAAAUAAUAUUGAUUCUUGAUUAUCAAAUCGAAGUGUCUUCUUUAGUGUGUAAGGAGUUGUUGGCGUUUACCAACUUUUUUUCAGCUGUGUAGUAAGUAUGAACACCGUCUGCCAAGUGGAGAGUGUGUUUAUUGUCCAACUUUCGGCUCUGAAUCGUGGUCUAUGAAAAUAGAAGACAUGCGUAAGCUGGAGGUGUUUGAUCACAAUUUUCGUAGAGUCAUUGUUGACAUUUAUUGGAACGAUGGAAUGUGUAAUGCUGAGGUUUUCCUAAGGGUACUCGGUAAAUGUAGCAAAUUGGUUGAUUAGACAGUGAAUCUUCAUCGACUUGAAGUGAUUAGUACAUGUGUUAUGUAUACCUUAUCACCGUCCACCUAGACGAGUGAUGGUUGAUAGUGCAAAAGUAGAUAAGAAGAUAGCUAGGUGCGGUCAAGUCAAUACAAAGCAUCAGUCCAUAAAGUCUUUGACUACUGGUCUGAACCAUGUUGAUAGAUGCAGACUACUUCUUUAGAGUCCACGAGGUAAUUGUGGUCAGUGAUUGAAGGAUUUGAGUGGAAUGACUGGGAAUCGUUCACACUGGAACAGGUCCAGUCACUCUUGGUGAUGCCCAUCUGUCUUUAGUUUGUAAAGGUGAAGAAAAUGUGAGCUGGAACUAAAAUUCUAAUCAAUGGAUUUUUAAAUAAGCUUGAUUAUUAAAUGAACUAAUGAUUUUAAAAGUAUUUUUCUGUAUUAUGUUUUAUUAUCAGUUUAUUUUUAAAGUCCAAUAUGUUAUCUGCUUAUAGACUACUCGAGAUGUUGAUAUAGAUAUGAUUUUAUCCUACCUACACUGAGUCAUAGUUGGUCAUUCAUCAUUAAUUCAAAUUAUAUGACAUCUAUCUGAUUGACACUGAACAGAUCGAUUCUUUACACAAAACUAAUGUUCUUCAUUUGUUUACGCAUUUCCUGAUAUAAUAUGGAUUUUAUAAUACUCUAUUUGUUACGGAUUGACAUCAGUUUGGACACCAUCGAAAAUCAGGGGGCACUAGACAGCUGUUUUAUACCACUAUGAAACUCCUGAGCACUGCACAUCUACAAUCUCACCGAUAAUAGAACCUUGGAUCUAUUAAGAUCUCUAACCGAAGUGCUACCUACUUAAAUAUUGAUUUAGGAUUUACUGAAUUAUGCGACACUUGUCGAAUGAGAUUGGUGGUGAUUUUUUUAUGUGUAUCUUAGAAAGAUAAAGAUUUAAUUAAAUCUCUCAUUGAAAGCAUCGAUUCAAAUCUUAGAAGAAAUCGUUUAGAAACAGAAUUAGUUGAUGAUAAUAAUAAUAAUAAUAAUAAUAAUAAUGUCUCGAAUAUUAAUUGUGAUACAAUCACACCAACUGAUGUUGUCCAUGACGAGAAUUCGUUGGGACAAUCUGAAUUAAUGAAUAACAGCUCAGUGAUACAGUGUAAUGAUAAUUCACUAACUAAUUGUAAUAUAAUGAAUGGUGAGAUGUCAUUGGACACAACAAAUUGUACAUCGGAUAUAUCAGUGAUACGAAGUUAUGAAUGUGAUAAUAAUAACAUUAAUAAUGAGUGUGGUCCUGAUAAUAGUAGUAAUGUUGAUCUCCAGUCAGAUAAGUCGUUAAAUACAACGAUCGAACAACUUGAUAGUGAUAGUAAUGUCGAGGUUUUGGGUAAUUUAAACUGCGCAAUAAUCUCUACCAAUCCUAUUAAUGAGAUAUUCACUGAAUGUAUAUUGGGUAAUCAAACAAUGAAUAAAGAUGGUAAAUUUAUCAAUAAUAGUAAUAAUAUUAAUAAUAAUGAGAAUUUUGCAAUAAUGGAAAAACGAAGUAAGGAAGAAAAGAAAACAACAAUAGUGGUAGAACAACGACGACCACCUUUACUUCAACAUUCAUCCGAUUCAUUUAUGACUAUUGAAAAUCUCUCUUCUUCAUCUAACUUAUUCCAAAAUGUAAAUAUACCAUGCUUCAAGGAUGAUAAGUCAUUGAAUUGUAAUACCGAAUCAGAUCCAAUUCAGUCAUCUGUAAAUGUUUUUGACGAAUCAGAUUCACUGAAUACAAUAAGUCAAAAUAAUCAUAAUCAUACAAAUGAUGACGUAAUCAGUAAAUAAAUACUAUAAAACAGAGAUCGAAAAAAUCCAAAUGAAUUCCUCACCGUAAUAAAGAUAUGCCUUCAUCAGUAAAUCUGUCAAAAACCAAUAUUAAUUGUGUUUGACAUAACAGUAAUAAAAGUAAUAAUAGUGCUAUGAUUUUGUUGUUCAAUAUUUUUCCCCUUAUUAUUAACUUAAGAAAAAAACAAAAUAAUUGUGCUUUUCUUUUUCUGCUAUUCAGAAUCUGUUCAAUUCUCGAAUUCUAUGAUAUAUAUAUAUAUAUAUAUAUAUAUAUAUAUAUAUAUACUGAUUUGGCUCCAAUGUCCGAUUUGACGUACAAUAUCCACGACCCUAAUCCGUACCUAAUAAUCUCUGAAUUUCAAUAUUGACUCCUAUUUUUUCUCAAAAAUAAUAUUCGUUGUGAUCUGUUUUUUAUUUGUUUUUUUUAUUAUUAAAACAGAAAAACUUUCUUUAAUAAAUACUUGCCUAGUAAUUUUACAGUUACGUCGUUUUCUCCCAUAUCGAUUUCAAUGGAAUUUCACAAACUCAAUUCUAAGGUUUAUAAGUGUUCAUUAUGAAAUUUUCUUUUCCUUUUUUGUUGUAAAUUGUAUUUUCAGUUACUGUUAUUUUAAUUAUGUUGCUUUAUUAUGCAAACGUAUACGGAUGUAUACAUUCUCAACUACUGAUCACAUUGAUAAUUGCAAUACUUUACUGACCUCUUUCUCAUGUAUCAUAUUGACAAUAAUGAAUAAUAUUGUAGGUAUCGAUGCCAAGGUUAGUCUUGAUAGUUUCAGAUAAAUUGAGCUUUGGGUACAAGGUUAAUAAUAAAUAUAUUUUUUUGUUAUAUCCCAAUGAGUAGAAAAUUUUAUCCCUGACGUUUCGUGACCUAUUGUAAGCCACUUCUUCGGAGUAAAUAAAUAACCGAAUUUAAUUUACAUAUGUUUAAAUAGUACUAAGGAAACAUUGAAGAAGUUGAUUACAUUAAGCCAUGAAACGUCAAAAAUACAAUUUUUUACUCAUUGGGAUAUAACAAAAAUAUAUAUAUAUAUUAUUAAUGUAGAAUAUUGUUAUCAUCAAACACUUCUUGAGUAUGUUGGCAUCAGUUUAAAUGAAUCUUGUUUACUAUUAAAAUUGUACAAUGCAUAGUCAUCUAUACACUCAUCAUUUAUUCUUUUGACUCAUAUACAUUGGUUUAUUCUUAUUAUCAUUAUUCAUUUCUAUUAUUUUACUGUAUCCUACUGUAAUUUGUUUUCAUUACCAGUAUCGUUGCCUAUGAUAAUUUUAAAUAAGUAUCAGCUUAUACCUUUUUGUACACAUUUCUGUUUAUUUCCAUUUUAAUCUAAUAUUCUUUUUUUAUUCCUCAUGUUUGUUUUUGUUUUUUCAUUGUGAAGUUACAAACAAUUAAACAAAAGGGUUUCAAGUUUUUCUUUUCGGUUCUAUCAUGUUUUGUAUAUUUUUUUCGAAGAAUACUAAUAUUAUUAUGAUUGUCAGUAAAACAAUAUAUUUGUAACUAUUGAAUUAUUAAACCGCUGUAAUCUUUUGUUUAUUUUGUUAAUUAGAUAUAUCAUAAUGUUUGUUUGUAUGUAUAUGUGUGGAUGGAUGGAUGUUUGUUUGGUUAUCUUUAGGAAUUUACUAGUUAAUUCAUUCUAUUUUCUGAUUGCAAUACAUAUCAAAAUAAUUCUAUAUUUUCUAUGACAUUUUUCUCCUGCAGUUACACUUUAAACUCAUGAAUCUUUUGUUAAAUCGUCAAUUCACCGUUUGUUCUCAUCAUACUUAAUUUCUUUUGUGAUAGGUCAUUAUCAUUCAUUAAUGAAAUACAUUAAUAAAAAAGUAAUUACAUUCAGUCUAUUUUCCAAUUUGUUAAUUAAAAUCAUUACCCAUAAUUGUUGAAUUGCAUGCGAUGCAAUCAAACUUGUGAAAGUAUUUAGUCAAGUAAUAACUACUUAGCUUAUAUAUGACUAAAAUACUUUACAGACGGAGUUCCUUUGAUAAUAAUCCCAUAUUGAUUUACAUUUUGAAUAAGACACAUAUACGUAUAUACAGAUUGUUCACGAAAAGUUUUACACAAUCUAAAUGAUGCGAUGAUGGAUGCUAUUUGAAGUAUUGACUAAAGUUUCUGUAUCAUGUGAUUUUUAGUAAUCACCAACUAUUGAUUUAUCAGUUAGAAUAGUUAUUGAUUCAAAGAGAUGAUCCUAUUGUUGUAUGAUAUGUCAAGAUUGAUAACAAAGACUGGUUCGUAGUCACAUUUAGAUCAGUUAUCUUUGGAUUUUCAAAUCGAGAUGAUUUUCUUGUCGUCUUCAAUCAUAAAACAAAUAAAUCAUAUGAUUAUAUUACAAUCUAAUCGAUUUAUUUCAAUUGGUGAUCGAGUUUCUCUUAUUAGAAAAAUUACAGCUCAAGAUGUGAACGAUUUUGCAAAACUUACUGGUGAUAUUAAUCCAAUUCAUUUAGAUUCGAAUUAUGCUAAACAAACACGUUAUAGAAAAUGUAUUGUACAUGGAACAUUUAUUCAAGGUCUACUUUCUUGUUUGCUUGGUGUACAUUUCCCUGGGACCGGAUGUGUUUUACAUGCAAUAAAUUGUAAAUUCCCAGAACCAUUAUUUGUUGAUGAAACAUGUCGAAUAGAAGCUCUAGUAUCUAAAUUACGUGGAAGACUAGCUACUUUUGAUGUAAAUGCUUAUGCCUACGGAAGAAAUGCGAAUGUUCUCACUGGUUAUUUCGAUGUAUUUCUAACACGUGAACAACUUUCUUUAAAGCCACCAGUUGAUAAUCAAAUUGUCUAUCAUAGUGAUUAAUUCGUUAAUGCGUUUAACCUUAAAUGUACAUAUGUAAAUAUAAUGCUAAUAAAUGAAAUUAUAUAUGUUAAUGUUUAUUUCGGAAUAAUAAAACCAUAUUCUUCUUAAAAAAGAUCGUCUACUUUCUUUGACUGGUGGGAAAACCUGUCUGGUUGGUUGUCU